CAUCUAGAAAUUACUCUGCUCAUGAUGUAUCGAAACGUAUUUGCAGUGUCCACAGAGGUAUACCAUAAAGUAUAAAAAAAAACAAUAAUGAGUCAAGUUCGAUCGUGUCGAUUAAUUACGUAUCGAUUAAAGUGCAAUUGUCAACGAGUCUAUUCCAACCCUAAAAGAUGUAUCCAUGGAACAAGUGCAACGUUAUCAUCCGAGGAGAACAAGACUACUAAAAACGAUCCUAAUGAUUCCUCCUCGAUAGACGAUAUGUCAGAACCCACGAACUGUUGCAUGUCCGGGUGUACAAAUUGCGUUUGGAUCCAAUAUGCAGAAAAACUAACUGCCACACUUAAAAAAAGCGACGUGGACGUGCAAAAAUUGAUCAUGGAGAAAGUGCAAGAUCCUAAUAUGAGGGCGUUCCUUUCGAUGGAACUUAAGUUUCGAAAUAUAAUCAAGGACUAAACAUUUUCUUCGUAAGAGUUGUAUAUAUGUACAUAAGAAC